AUGGCUUUAAUUGAUUAGUAUGGGUAGAUUGUAGGAUCAGAUUCUAACAGUAAAGUUAGAAUAUCCAUUUAGACGAGUGAUCUAGAUGAAAAAGCUAAUAAGUACCCAGGCAUUCUUUAAGGAAGCAGUGACUUUUAGGCUUCUAGUGGUGUUGCUAUUAUUAAUGAUGUAAUAAUUACAGGAACCCCAGGAAGUACUUACCAUGUUUCAUUCUCAUCUAAUGGCAUUGAUCUUUAAAAAUAAUCAAAUAAAAAGGCUAUGUAAUUGUUAAACAAAACGAAUCUAGACUUCUCAUUAGAUAUACAUCUAAGAGAAUGUAAGGAAGGAGAGUAAUUUACAUCAGCUGGUAAAUGCAUUGAAUGCUAAGACAAUACUUACUCACUGAUAAAAAUGAUAGAACCAAGCUCCUGUGAAAAUUGCCCUGCAGAGAAAGCAUUAUGUCUUGGAGGUGCAAAUAUUGGACCUUUACCAGGUUAUUGGAGAAAAAGUAAUACUAAGGGAUUCUUUGUACGGACUGUAGCAAAGGAUAUUCAAGAGACAAUGAUUACUAAUGUAAUAAAUGUCCAGAACUUUGGGAAAAUACCCUCAGACUAUUAGCUAUCUUUUUCGGAGUGA